CUUCGUUAGUAUCAAUUGAGCAGGUGCUGAGUCGAUCGAGUGCAGUAAUCAGCAACAAAGAUGUCAGGUUAUCUCAAUUUCAGCGUCGUUGUAAUUGUGUUGAUUACCAUAGCCAGCGUAUCGGCCGACGUUCCGUCGUACAUCGAGGUGUGCGGGCGCCGGAACCCGAAGCUGAACGAGUGCGUGGAGGAGAGCGUGCGCAAACUCAGGCCAAAGCUGCGAGCGGGCAUACCGGAGUUGGAGGUGCCAUCCAUAGAGCCCCUCAACGUCAGUAAGAUCGUGCUGUCCGAUCGGAAGGAUUUCCGGGCGGUCGCCACUCAAGUCAGUCUCAGCGGUCUCUCCGAGUUCCGCAUCCAGAGCACGAACCUCGAUCUGGAGCAGCAUCGGAUCGACUUCCAAGUGCUCUUCGAGCGCGUCUCCAUGAAGGCCAACUACGACGUCAAGGCCAAGAUUGUCGUGCCCAUCGCCGAGCGCGGCCCCCUCGACGUCGUCACCGGCAAGAUCGAGGCCAAAGUGAUGCUGAGGUUCAAGAUUGUGGAGCGCGGGACUCGGCGCUUCAUGUACUUCCCGAGCAUGACGACUUCGCUCGACAUCGCAGAUUACACGGUGAUCUCGGUGGAAAACGCCAAGGACAAGCCAUUCUCCCAGGCGGUGAACUCGGUGUUGACCAGCAGCCGCCGCGACAUCAUCGGCCAGCUGACGCCCUACCUGGAGAAAUCCAUUUCCACCACGGUGCUCGAGGUGGCAAACAGGAUCUGCAAGCACUUUACUUUCGACGAAUUGUUUCCCGAUCGACCUUGAACCAAGUGGCUGCAGUUGUCACUAUAUCGUAAUGAUUAAUAAAGUGCAGCUCGUUGCCGCAGCAUUGAUAUUGCACGUAAGGACAGUAAAAAACCAGCUUGACCAAAGUGUGUGCGGUAAAGUAUACAAGGACGACAACUAUAUAAUCAGCUGAUUGCGCUAAACUACAUCUUUUUGCGACAGAUCGUUGGCAGGCGCACGCACUCAAACGAUGCGAUCUGCUCAUUUGAAUGUUCACUUGAUUGUAAUUAGCACUCUUCCGCGUUCAACUUGUUUCAAUAUAACAUCUCUGUUUGUUGGGCUUCACGCUACCUCUAACAGACUAUCUCUUUACCGAGUUUAUAACUGUUUGAUUGAAAAGGCUUGUUUUGGCAUCGAGUGUACGAAUAAUCAUUACACACCGUGGAAAUGAAUACAUUAUAAGAAUCAUAAUGUUUAAUUUAUAAUUACAAGAUACAAGUCACGAAAAUUCUCGAUUCCCUGCUUUAUUUGUGAAUUACAAGGAAUACAUUUAUUUUCAGUAAACUCAUUGAUUUAUACACCACACCUCAAUUAUUAUAGGUACGAACUUUAUCACUCAUCAGCUUUGAAGCGGUCAUUUCAAUUAAAAAGAAAAAAAACGCUGCUACCUCAACAAUACAGUGAAUAUUAUUUCAGUUAAAGCUGUGCUCUAUCGAUGGAAGUAAUAUGGAAAGAAAACAAAUUUUGACGUUUCGUUCACAGAUUCGUUAAUAUCUUCGGGAACUUUAUUGUGAAAGAAACUGCUGAAAAUUAAUGACUAAAUUAUGUAUACAGGAUUACUCGUCUACGUCAAACGGUUGUCGAUUUGACGGAUAAUGCUCAACGGUGCGUAUUGAUUUUAAUAAUAAAUGUAGACCAAUCAUAUUUAAUGCAUAUACUCGUAUAUAUUAGCUUACUGGUUUGGAAAUCAUUGGAAAUAAUACUGCAUCUAUUGAAAAUAAGUGUUAUUAUGCUUUAUUUGAAGUUUAUUACUUAUCAGUUGAGGAUGUCAGAUUAAUAAUGAGCAUUAUGGUUGUGGUUUUAAUUCAAUGAGCGAACUCAUCGAAUAUCAAAUAGUGACAUGCAAGGUACUCGUACAACUUUAGUCUAAUCCACAAUUCAAAUGAGAAGUUUGUUAAAUUAAAAACAAUGCCAGGUAAAUUGACACGCGAAAUUAUUCCACUUUAACCGUUGCGCCUUCAUUGCCAAAUAUAGGACAUUGCCUUGUUAGCAGACAUCGAUACGUUGUUGUUGAGUUGCUAUCAAUAAGAUCAGACAAAAAGCGUAUAGCUUCUGAAGCAUGUUUCAACAUCGAGAAGGACUUAUUUUUUUCAUACUUGCAAUGGUUUGGCAGACAGACAGUAUCGCCCUGCGACAAGAGUAGUUAAGUAUAUAUUGGAGCGCCGAAGAACAUUAGAAAAGUGAAGAUCGGGACAUUGACAAGCUAACAGUUUGUUGACCUCGACAUAAGAUAUAAUAUGUGACCUUAUUAUUGGAUUAUUAAAGCAACGCGAAGUAAAGGACCCGUGUCAUGCUAAUGCCGUUAUCGGUAUCAUCAUCGCCGCCAUCAUUACUGUAGAGUAGAUGAUACUUGAACUGUGGCAGGGGUUUGCUACAUCACGGUAUCUCUCACCUUUACCCGUGCUCAGAGAUUUGUUCUGCGUUUCCCGAGAAAAGUAGCAGCCUCAACAACAUUCUAAGCACAGCAUCAUUAGAAAUGUAGAAUACGAUAUCUUUGAUCGCUUGUGAUUCUUCACACUACAAAAGCAGCUCUUACAUAAAUAUGCAUUUUACCUUUAUAAUACCCUAAUAAAAAAAGUGAUAGAUGCCACGUUGAAGCAUUUUAUUCGUGAACUAAUAACUGGCUGAUAUAUGGCCAGGUGAUAUACUGUUAUGUGGCGGCAAAUAAGCGUAUAUAUAUGGCUUUCAGUUGAGAUUUUAGUAGUAAACGUUCAAUUAAUCAUAAUUGAUACGGAUUAUUUUGAAGAAAAUGAAUGUAGAAAAAACUGCAAUGUUAUUGUUAUAACACUUAUUUUAUGAAAUUAUCAGAUGUUGGAAAUAAUGAUUUUGAUUUGAGAGAAACAAUUAAUGUAAACGUAGAUUUUAUUUAGGAGUUGCAAUAAAGGCGUAACGAUUAUCAUAAAUGCAUAAAAAGGAUUGCCGAAAAAGAACAUAGUUAAAUCUAUAAAAUAAACGAACAGAACACAAUCCAGGGGAUAAAUUUCGAAUACUAAGAUGAAGAUCAAUUAAAACGUUUUAUUUCUAACAGUAGUGAGAAAAUCGUUUCGUAAAAACAAGAGACCGUGCUUUGGAAUUGUUCUGAUUAUUUUCUACUACUAAUCUACGAUCUGAUUUGCGUGUGCUAGAUUGGAAUAAAGUUGUGAUGUCGCAAUCUUUAUUCGAAGAGUAGGACAAACGUUUAGUAAUAGAAACCCCUGUAUAGUUAAAAAGAAAGAUUAUUUAUAGUAGUUUUCGAUAUUCGAAACUAUUUUAUUAAUACACUUUUUUCCGUUGUGAUUAAAAAAAUUAAACAUUACACCUUAGAAAAAAGUAAUUUAUGUUAAGUAUGUUAAUCAAUAUGAUAAGGAAUGAAAAAGAAGGUGAGAACGCGCUAAGCACGUCUGACGUCAUUGAUUUCUUAAGAUAAUUAUGCAGAAAAUUUAAGCAGCGUCAUUGGUCUUAAAAUAAAUAGCUGCAAAAAUAUUCUUAAAAUGAGAAGGCAUUAACACUCUGGUAUCGGGCAAGUCCAAACUCACGCUACAUCUACAUAUUCUGCCACGUAAGAGGUGCCACUGUAAGUAAUGCAUCUAAAACCAAAAUUAUUGUGACAGCGCUAUUUGCCAAAACCAAAUGUAGUUACGCUAUUUUGUGCCGCUACUACUUGCGUGAAGUAGUUACGCUGUUGAGAACGAAUAAAAUCUAGUUUUCCAAGAUACGUCCUAUUGAAGUCACAAAAUGAAAAUCGGCGACAACAAGAAACAUGCUUUUGGCAGCAAACAGUUUUUUCUUUAUAAACCUAUGUACCGUAGAAAAGUCGUGUAACGCACUGCGCGUGCAACUACAAUUUUUUUAGAAGUGUGCCGCUACCGCUGUGCAACUAUAAUGUUACAAAUGAACGUGGUGGCGAUACUGUU